GCCGUUCGUCGAGUUGACCUUGCCCUGCCCCUCUGCAGCGACACGAUCACGGUCCCGAGCCUCGAGAUGCUCCAGAUCAUGCAGGAGGGCACGCUCGGCGACAGCGUGUACGAGGACGAGGACACUCGCGAGCUGGAGGAGCGUGUUGCUCAGAUGGCGGGCAAGGAGGCGGGCCUGUUCUGCGUCUCGGGCACGCUGUCCAACCAGCUCGCGAUCCGCACGCACCUCACGCUCGCCACGCCCGCCAACGUCGUCACCGACUCGCGCGCGCACGUCCACGUCUCCGAGGCCGGCGGCAUCUCGUUCCACUCGCAGGCGCCCGUGCACAGCGUCUUUUGUGCGAGCGGGCACCACAUGACGACCGAGGAGGUGCUCGACCAGUGCGUCGUCGAGGAGGACGUGCACUGCUCGAUGACGAGGCUCGUCUGCGUCGAGAACACGCUCAGCGGCAUGAUCUUUCCGCAACCCGAGCUCGUCCGCCUUCGUCGCGCCCUCGACCUGCACUCGAUCCCGCUUCACUGCGACGGCGCGCGCCUGUGGGACGCCAUCGCCAAGACGGGCAUGUCGCUCGGCGAGGCGUGCGAGCCCUUCCACUCGGUCUCGUUGUGCAUGAGCAAGGGCCUCGGAGCCCCUAUCGGCAGCGUCCUCAUUGGACCCAAGGCCUUUAUCGAAAAGGCCAAGUGGUUCCGCAAACUCUUCGGCGGCGGCGUUCGUCAGUCGGGUUCUCUCGCCCUCGCCGCCUCGUAUGCCCUCGACACCCACCUGCCUCUCCUCCCUCGAGCGCACGCCCUCGCGACCCGCCUCGCGCACGGCCUCGUCGACCUCGGCGUCGCGCUCGAUUUGCCCGUCGAGACGGGCAUGGUCUGGAUCGACCCGACCCCGAUCGGCGCGACGAUGCUCGAGCUGCAGGAGCGGGCGAUGAGCGACAAGGGUAUCGUGCUCGGCGCGCCGAGGGGCCGAGUCGUCCUGCACUUCCAGGUCGACGACGGCGUGGUCGACGACUUGCUCGACGUCGUGCGGCGGCUCAAGGCGGCCAAGGUGGACGAUGCGCGCGAGUGGGAGGAGCGUGUCGGGCACGAGCACGUCGAGGCCGUCGGGCGCAGGAGCAGGAUGUUCGCCGAGGGCAGGUGGGAGGGCAGGAUCGAGGGUCCGAGGAGGUCGCUCCCGCAGUACGGCCGGGGGCAGAGUCGAGCAGCAUAG